AUGAAUUUUAUGUUUUCGUUUUCCUAUCCAGAUUGUUCUAGUUAUUACUUUAAAAAAUACCAAGAUUUACCAACCAGAGGAGCUCACGCCGUGGAACAUUUCACCAUUGAUGGAAGUCUUUUUCUAGCGUUCGCCAACUUUAAAAGUGACACCGCCGAAAAAUACAACACAGAUUCUUUUAUCUACAAGUUCAACGAUUUGACUGGAAAAUUCUUUCUUUACCAGACCAUAGGCACACAUGGAGGGCAUGACGUGGAAUAUUUUUCAAUUUCUGGCAAACAUUAUCUUGCUGUUGCUAAUGCUUAUAAUGGAACUACGAGCAGAAUGAACUCAGUUAUUUAUCUUUGGAAUGGAACAUCAUUUUUUGCUUUUCAAAACAUUGCAACGAAUGGUGGAGUCAGCUUUAAUUUUUUUACAAUAGCGAAAGAACCUUUUCUUACCGUAUCCAAACUCUAUGGUGAUGUUACGCAAAGCGGCAACUCAACGAUCUACAAGUGGAAAAACAACAUGUUUGAAAAGUUUCAGGAGAUAGCGACAGAGGGAUGUCGUGCAAGUGCUGCGUUUGUAAUUAACAAUGAAAGCUACAUUGCCCUUGCAAACGCAGUCAGGUCGGCAUCGUCAGUAGUUUAUAAAAGGGCAGGGAUGCACUUCGUCAAACUGCAAAACCUUCAAAAGCAUAGAGCAAUGGAUAUAAAGUCCUUUUUCAUUAUUGAUGAUGUGUUUCUCGCCAUUGCCUCUCAGCCAGAGUCAUACAUUAACAAGUGGAAUGGAAGUCAGUUUGUCCAGUUUAAGACUAUCCUUACUUCUGGGGCCAGGGCCCUGCAUCCCUUUGUCAUGUGCGGUCAAACUUUUCUGGGUUUGGCUGAUCAAUACAGAACAAAGACAGUGUUGUAUCAGUUCUCCGCUCUUGGCCAGUUCACAAAAUAUCAAGAGCUUUUAACCUUUGGAGCCAUUGAUAUGACGUCAUUUGAAUACAAGGGUCAUACUUAUCUGGCUAUUGCUAAUUAUGGAAAUAACCAAAGGAACAUUGAAAGUACGGUGUACAAGGGGAUCUAA